AUGCCCAGCAGCGACAAAGACGCGAAAACUCACUCCGAGCCCGACGCCGACCGUGCGCUCGGCGUGAUGCCGAACCUGAACCAGGAGAGGGUGGAGACGGAGGCGGUCUCCCCGGGUGUGCUUCGCAUCAAGGCCAUGGUGGCCGUGAUGACGCGCGGGGACUUUGCACUCCUUUGCCUUGGCGUCUUGCUCGUCGCCUACAUCCGCAACGCACUGGUGAUGACGCCGUUCCAGGCUGCAGCCAUCUCCAGCUGGAAUGCAGCCCAGCAGACAGCAACCAUCAGCGUUGUCUACUCUGCCUGCGCAGCAUCAUCGCAGCCCGUUUGGGCCAAGAUGAUGGACUACUUUGGUCGUCCCUUUGUGGUCUACGCCAGCUUCCUGUUCUACGUUGUCGGGUGUAUUAUCAUGGCAGUCUCGAGCAACGUCGAAACCAUGUGCGGAGGCAGGGCAAUCUAUGUCUUUGGCUACGGGGCCCAGAAUUCCGGCGUGGUAGGCGCCAAAACCCUGUCGAACGCCGGGUGGCGUUGGGGAUACGGCAUUCAAGCACUCGUGUACCCUGCUGCGCUCGCUCCGUUCGUCGUCCUCAUGACCAGGCUGAUCUUGCGCGCGCGCAAGAGAGGUACCGUUGCCAACAUCCCCACGACCGGCGCACUCCUCAAGAAGAAAAGCAUGUGGCGUGACAUCCUGUGGAAGGCGGACGUGAUCGGCCUGUUCCUGCUGUCAGCCGGUAUCGCGCUCACUCUCAUCCCACUCACCCUCGGAGGAGGCACUUCGGCGAAGUGGAAGACGGCCCCGGUGCUGGCUCCUUUCCUGAUUGGUAUUGUGGUCGUGGUGCCUGCCUUCAUUUACUGGGAGACCAAGGCACCGUACCCGAUGCUUCCCUUCUCGCUACUGCGGCAGCGCCACAUCGUCCUGUCUCUCUUAUCUGGCUUGCUGUCCACCAUCACCGGUGCUCAGCAGAGUACGUACCUGUACUUCGCUCUUCAAGUCGCGUUCGGUCAAGGUGUCGAGGGUGCUACCCGCAUCUCAAAGUUGUCAACGUUCUCGUCGUCGCUCACCGUUGUCGUCCUUGGCUUGGUACUGAUGUACGUCCGCCGACCGAAGCCGUUCGCGAUCGCUGGUGCCUGCCUCUACGCCGUCGCGUAUGGCCUGCUGUACCACUUCCGUGGAGGACACGACAAGGGAACGCUCGGUGGCCUGAUUGCCGGAGAAGUCAUUCUGGGAAUCGGAAGCGGGCUGAACCAGAACGCUGUUCAGGUCGGCCUACAGGCGGCCGUGCGCCACGAGAACCUGGCGAUUAUCACCGCCACCUACUUCUGCAUGUUCCAGAUUGGAGCCGCCCUGGGAGCUGCAAUCACCGGCGCAAUCUGGACGAACACAAUGGAAGCGAGGAUCCGAGCUGGGCUCGAGAGUGUUAACGCGCCGAACGCUGCGACUCUCGCGAAGCAGGUGUAUGGGAACCCCCUCAAGUUUAUUCAGCAGUACAAGCCCGGGACGGAGCUUCGCGCAGCAGUUGACGAAGCCUAUCGCUCAGAGAUGCGUCUGCUGUGCAUCUCGGGUUUGGCUUUCAGCGCAGCGCUCGUCAUCGUCUCUCUCUUCAUUGGAAAUCCGGUGCUCACCGAUAAACGUUCCGUCGAGGAUGACGACACCGACGACGAACUUCCCAACAUCGCUGGCAGAUCCCCGACUAGCUCGCACAGCGACCAAUAUGCAGUGGAGGACAAGGAGGUCACUCAGCAGGCCAAAGCGUGGGGUGGCCGUGGAGCUUAA